GCGCCUGCCACGAACGUGAACGAUCACUUACAGUGAACAGCGAAACAGACAAAUGCGAUAUGGACAGACUUACAAUUACCGCUGACUAUGCAGAACAGCCUGCAAAACCAAAACAAGGAUCGAAUCUUCUAGUUCCACUGAUUGUUGUAUCGAUAAUUGCUAUUAUUGCUACGUCAGUGUCAAUAUCAUUGACUGUGAUGUUAGUAACAAACGACCAUCUUCAAAAUGACGACGUCAACGAAUGUCAACCCAAUUCAUCUUGCCAGGUGAAUACAAUGUCAGGAAAAUCAUUCAGCAUUCCAGACUACACACCAGGUUUAGAUUGUGGUGAUAUAAUGAAUGCAGUUGGACCAAUCUCUGGUGUGUACAAAAUACAACCGAAAGGCGCAUCCGCACCCUUUAACGUGUACUGUGAGAUGACAGACUCUGGAGCAUGGACUGUCAUACAACGUAGACAAGAUGGCUCAGUCAGCUUCAUUAGAACUUGGGCUGCCUACAAAGCAGGUUUUGGAAACAUUGACGGGGAAUACUGGAUCGGCAACGACAACAUACAUUAUUUGACAAAUCAGGUGCCGUACAAACUUAGAAUUGACCUGGAAAAGGGGGACGGACUUACUGCAUACACAGAAUAUAAUCCAUUCAUGAUCGAAGACGAAUACAACAACUACACAUUACAUUUAGGAAAGCCUUCUGGAACAGCAGGUGAUUCUCUUAUCCAGACGUUUGCGAACAAUAAUGGCCAGCCAUUUUCGACUUAUGACGUUGAUAAUGAUCAAAACCCUUAUAGUUGUGCGAAUAGUAACUACGCUGGAUGGUGGUUUGAAUCCUGCACUGCUGGUAACCUUAAUGGAUUCUACUAUACUAUAAACGAAGAAUCCUCUUACCAGGGCGGAUUAUAUUGGUAUUCUUGGAAUCUAAAUGAACCAUUAAAAACUGUUACAAUGAAAAUACAGGCAGCUGAUUAACAUUUUUAUUUCACAAAUGUAAUGUCAUGUAAUUCUUAUUUGCAAAUGAGAACAAUACAACAGUAUGGAUCUAUGUCCUGAUGUUAUGUUGACUCAACAUCAUGCCAUAUUUAUAUUAUUAAACAAUUAAAUAGUUACUGGUAAAUGAAGUGAGCAUUCUGUAUUAUCAUAUAAAAUUUUGAAAUAAAAUAAUCAGUAAACAUUUCAAUGAUGUGUAUAAUUACAGUAGAAGUUAUAUUUUUUGUUAUCGAGUAUAAUAAUGACUCAGUAUGUGACUAUUUAGAUUGCAUCCGUAAUUCUCUAUACUAUACUUCUCUAUACUUAUACUUGAUGUAAGUAGCACAUGACAAUAUAUGAAAUAAUUCAAAGUAUUACCUGACCCCUUUCUAACUGGGACAACAUCCAACUUGGACUCUAAACCUUGUGUGAGUUAAAUAUAUUUUUAUAGUUUAUUUUGAGGGGUGAAGGCAUUCUCCUUCCCAGAGUUCCUUGCGGUUAGAUCACCGAAAGUAUCUCUACCACCACACACCACCAUUUUGUGGUGAAACACCACAAGACUUCAGUUGACAUAUACCACCAUGGAUGCCAUUAAAAUCUUAUACUUUGCAAACAGAAUGUCAAAAUAAAUAAAAUAAACAA